AUGUUAACUCGACACAGAUUUUCUCUUAAAAGAAAUAACGACGGGAAAGCAUUGAUCGCCGGCAAUUGUCACAUGAAAAUAGAUCGAUUUCCAACAGAAUUAUUUCAUCUUUUAUUUGAGUACUUUUGGGCUGAUGAAAUUCUUCAUUCAUUUUCCAAUCUUAAUGAUCGAAUCGAUUCAAUUCUCAAAUCUUAUUCCGCAUAUCGAAUCAAUUUUCAAUCUAUUCGAAAAUCCACCUUUCAUCUGGUUUGUAAACAAAUUCGACCUGAACAAGUGAUGUCACUUGUAAUCUCAGAUGAAAACGAUACAACUGGUCAAUCGGAUUUAUUUUUAUCCUGUUUUCAAAUUGAACAAUUCACAAAUUUACGAUCACUUUCUUUGGUACAUAUGAAAAAGGAAUCGUUACAUCGAUUCUUACAAAAUUUAUCAAACCUUAAACGAUUAGAUUCUCUUUCAUUUGACAGUUCAUAUCGAAAGAGAAUAUUUACUGAGAUUAGCAGUACAUCCGUCGAAAAUAAGAUUCCUAUUCAGAUAAAUUUACCAAAAUAUUAUCCAGAACUGUUAUCCCAAUUGAAAUAUUUCAGUACAUGUUAUUGGGAUGAAUUAACAUCAAUUGACUUUCGAAAUCUACGUCAAUUAAAAUUAUAUUCAUCCACAUUUCAUCGUGUGAAUGACAUUCUUUAUCAUACACCUCGACUUCAUGCUCUUACUUUGCUUCUCGAAUAUUUUCGAGGUUUUCAUCAAAUACAAUCAUGUUCUUCAUUACGAAAACUCACUUUGAUCAUUUCAAACACCGAAAUAUCCAUGAAUAACAUUGAGCAACUCUUACAAAACUUUCCAAAUUUAAUCCAUUUUGAAAUCAAAUGUUUGUCGGAAUCAGUUGAUAUGAGUUUUGUUGAUGGAUAUCGAUGGCAACGAAUCGCACAGUCAUUUCUUUCUUUCAACUUCUUCUUUCAUGUCAAAGAUUUUCUAAAUGGUCAAAAUCUCGACUCAUUUCGAACACCAUUUUGGAUUGAAGACAAACAUUGGUUUAUUGCUGCUUACGAUAAAUGUUUAUUCACCGUUUCUGUUACUGAUUUUGGUUUCCCAUUUCUGACUUUAUCUUCUUCUACAACUUUAUAUUCAACAAUCCCAAACCAUAGUGUUCUAUAUGAACCUCAAUACAUGAUUUUUCAAAAAAGAAUUUCUCUUACUAAUACAUUUCGAUUUACUUCGAUAAAAAGUCUUCGAGUUGAUUGGAAUGAUUCAUUUAAAAUGUUAUCAUCGAUUGUGGAUUUAAAUCAAGUUGAAGUGUUGACAAUUUCUCCCAAAUCAUAUCAUUUAUUAGCGGAUAUUCAAUGUCAUAUGAAAAAACUUUAUCUUUUGAAUAUUGAAAGAAAAACGCCAUAUGAACUUCAUACGUUCGAAGACGAGUAUCAUGAAAAUGUAGAAUUGAAACAAAUUCGUUCAUUAAAUGUGGGAUCAUUAGCAUAUUCAAAUGGAAUUAUAUAUGAUUUGAACAAAUUCAGUCAUUCAUUUCCAAAUAUUGAACAUUUAAAUGGAUGGCCAAUUCAAUCCCGAUCAGAUAUGAUUUAUAGUAUUGGUCAAUUCAAACAAUUAUCGAGUAUAACAUUUUAUGUUCACUGGUCAUUAGGUGAUCAGCUCAGAUGUUCAGAAUUUCGUGCGGAUUUAAUUGUUAAUGAUAUUAAAGAAUUUCUUCAUCGUUCUGCAAUAUGUCAAAUAGAUUUUAUAUCAGCGCAGAGUGGCAUACCUGAGCGUAUUCAUUUAUGGCUUGGAGAAGAAUUAUCAAACAGAGUUUCUUCUGCUUAUCAACGACCACGAUUUGAAUAUUUGCGUCCAGCAGAUUUAGUUUGA